GUUAAGUAUUCAACAUAGAGCUCAUGGUCAUGGUAGUCGCCACCAUGCCACGUCGUCACAAGACAAUGCCGGAAAACACUCUCGGGAUCAUCGCCUUCGACGCCGGCAAGACCAUGUGCCACCUUAUCUCCCUCUACAACUCCCUCUCCGACAAAGAAAUCACCAAGCUUCACAACGAAGUGAUCAUAUCCAAAGGAGUCACGUACUUGAAUUCCCAACAAGAAUGCUUCCUUCUCAACCUCGCAGCCGCUGAGCGCCUAGAGGAGCUGGACACAGCCGCGUCCACCGUCUCCAUGUUAGGCAAGAAAUGUUCCGAAUUCAGCCUUUGUCGUUUCGAUCUCGUUUAUGCCGACCUCAAACUCGGGGUAAUUGACCUCCGGAAGCUGAAGUACGGCACCAAAAGCGCAAAAAAGACAAUUGACAAAAUGGAGAAGAUGGUCUCCUUCACCGCGAACCUCCACGCCGCCAUGGAUUCCAUGACGGAGAUGGAAGCAGCGGAGAAGAAGAUACAAUACUGGAAAACAAAUAGCUUCCAGAAACCGAACUUGGAGAGUCUGAGCGAGAAGAUAUCGUUUCAGAGGAAGCAAGUGGAGCAUUACAAGGAAAUUUCAUUAUGGAACCAAAAAUUCGAAAAAACCGUGGCGAUUAUGGCAAGGGUUGUAAGCAUUGUCUAUGCUAGAAUAUGCAUGGUUUUUGGACCCUACAUUGCUAAUUGCAAUAACAAUAGCAAUCUCUCACGUUUUCAUCACUGUUCUUGUCUUCUAGAACACCGCGAAUUGUACCAGAGAAAUCGCUAUCUCUCUGAUCAAUAUGAGGAAUCAAUUCAUAACCGUGUCGCGAAAUCAGGUCCUAUUCCGAAGAUCACGAAAACAGGCGUCAUCGGAUUCCUUAACCACCGUCCUUCGCCACGUUUUGGUGCCGGCUAUGGCGGCGGAGACGACGGUUGUGGUGAAGUGGAGAAAAAAGACGACAACAACAACAACAAUAGCAAUAAGGUUUUGAGGUUUGCGCCGCCGUCAACGGUGGGAGGGGCGGGGCUGUCGCUGAGGUAUGCGAAUGUGAUACUGUUUGCGGAGCGGUGUCUGCACGCGCCGGCGACGGUGGGGGAGGAUGAGAGGGAGGCGCUGUACGAGAUGUUGCCGGCGAGUAUGAGGAUGAAGGUGAGGGCGAAGCUGAGGGGGCGGUGGCUGAAGGAGGUGGAGGAAGGAGAGGUUGGGCACUCGCUGGCGGAGGGGUGGCGGGACGCGGUGGAGGAGCUGAUGGAGUGGUUGUUGCCGGUGGCACGUGACACGGUGCGGUGGCAGGCAGAGAGGUACCCGGAGAAGACGCGGUUCGAGACGAAGACGACGGCGUUGCUGCUGCAGACGCUGCAUUACUCGGACUUGGAGAAGGCGGAGGCGGCGAUCGUGGAGGUGUUGGUAGGGUUGAGUUGUAUAUAUUCGUGUGAGAGACGGAAAUAAUUAGGCAAGGUUUAAUUUGAAUUAUUUAUUUAUUUAUUUAUUUUUUAUAAUUACUAGUUACUACUAACAAAUUAGUGAUGAGUGGUAAGAACAUUUUUGCAUCUGGAGUUGUAGGUGCUUUAGUGUGUUUUUCUCUUUAGAGGAUAUGGG